UCUAAGUGAGUAAGUACUUGUCCCAGUCAGGCUUUGUGACGGAUUAGUUUGUCAGCAGAGAGCCAAACGGAGGAGCUCUGACCGACAGUAGUGAAAUUCCUCCUUUCCCUUCUGGCUUUCUGAAGAUACGGGUCUGCAGCUAUUGAGGUGCUAACAGUUGCAAUCUGCUGAGAGCUUUCUCAGCGGAUGCACUUUUGAGUUGAAGGGACAACCUCGGUGUGAGGGCAAGUGGAAGUUACCAGCAAGGCAUUCAAUUAAAGAAAUGGGUGAAGUGUAAAGGGACUUUUUAUUUCAGGAAGGAAGUGAGGGCAUUAGUUGGGGGCAGACUGUCAAGUUCAGCACACUUGCCAAUAUCAGGAAAUGUCUGUGGUGAGGAGUGAGCCAGUGGGCUGGCUUGUGGAUCAUCAGGCUUACAUCAACCAGUUGUACAGAUGUUGUCACCACUCUCCUCCCGAUGGACACUGCCACAGAUACGUCUUCAGGGCAGAAUACUUCAAAGUGGAGAAGCCUUACAUUGUUAACACCAGGACUGCAGGCCAGGGGUCAGCUGUCAAUGACAAAAGUGUGAAAGGCAGCAAGCGCAAGAGGAAGGGUCAGGAACUGAACCAGGGAGAGCUGGAGGCUCUGGAGUACCAUGACAAGGUCAGUCUGGCAAUCCAGGAUGGCACCGAAAAGCUGGUGGAACAUCUAGAAGUGGAGGAGACAGGCAGCAGAGAGCAAGGGACAGCUUUGGUCCCUGCAGACUCCAUGCUGGUUGAGCUCUGCUUCAUGGCCAAGCAGCUACUGGAAGAACCCCAGAGGCAGGUGCAGGUUUUAACCAGUGAGUCAGGGCCAGACCUGGAACCCCUCAGCUGUCUGACAGAGAAUAGUUCAAGCUGUGCCCGGCUCGUGAAGCUGAUGGGACACCAGUAUCUGCUCCCACCGCGAUGUACCUUCCUGCUGUCGGACGUCUCCCGCAUGGAGCCACUUUUGGGCUAUAAGAAGUAUGACGUGAUCACUUUGGACCCCCCCUGGGAGAACAAGUCCCUCAAGAGAUGCAAGGGCUAUAGCCCCCUUUUUCCCUGGCAGAUCCGCCAGCUCCCUGUGCCACUCCUCUCUGCCCCUGGCUGCCUGGUAGUGUGCUGGGUCACUAACCGACAGAAGCACCUCCACUUCGUCAAGGAGGAGCUGUACCCUGGCUGGUCGGUGGAAGUGGUCGCCGAGUGGCACUGGGUGAAGGUGACCCAGAAUGGAGAGUUCGUGGUGCCGCUGGACUCUGUUCACAAGAAGCCCUAUGAGAUCCUAGUCCUUGGACGUUACAUGGGAAGCCCAGCACAACAGGGCGGAGGACCUGGCACCAGGAGCAUCACAGUACCUGACCACAAGCUUAUUGUCAGUGUGCCUUGCACACUUCAUUCUCACAAGCCUCCACUGGGGGAAGUGCUGAAAGGAUUUAUCCCAUCUAAUGCUGAGUGCCUGGAACUGUUUGCUCGCAACCUGCAGCCUGGGUGGACCAGCUGGGGGAAUGAGGUGCUACGAUUCCAGCACCUCAGCUAUUUCCAGGAGCUGGACCCAAAGAAGGGAGGUGAAAACUGCUGCUGCUCACACGCACCUUCACCGCCUGAUCCAUUGCUUCCUCGGUGACCA